UGCAAGUGAGCGAGAGCAAAAGGGUUUAGAAGAGAGUGACGAGGGAGGCUGAGGAAGGAGAGGGUGAUAGAGCGAGGAGGUGUGGAGGUGAGAGAGUGAGGAGGUAAGAAGGGGAACAGAGGAGGGGCAGGUAAGAGGAGAUAAAGGGAGGUAAAGUGUCUAGGCACUGAGAAGGUGGAAGCACGAACGGUAGCUGAGCUAGAGGGGCGCACGGUAGGUGAGCCGAGCCGAGAGCGGCAGCACGAGGUAGGGCGCGAACAAUAGCGAAGAGAGAGGGGCGACUCGACGCAGGAUCCGGGACGCGGAUAGCAGCGCGAGGCAGGGCAUAGAGUAGGCGGUGGAGCUAGAGGGGGAAGUGAGCCGAGUUAGGAGGAGAUGAGUGAAGGGAAAGAAAACGGGAGGGAGGGAAAGAGUGCGAUAGGUAAGGUUAAGGAAAAGGAGAAAGUUAGAAGGGGGAGCACGGGAAAUAUAGAAGAGUUAUGGAAGAGGAAGAGGGAGGAAAUGGAUAGGAGCGGGGGGGAGGAAAAGGAGGAGAUUUUUAAGAGAAGUAACAUGACGGCAAGAUCUCCUAAAAAAGACUCGGAGAUAGGUGUGAAGGAGUUGGGAGAAAGAAUGGGAGAAAUGAUGGAGGAAUUUAGGGCAGUGAGAGAAGAGCUAAGGGAGGGUUUCAAGGAGCAGGGUAGGAAGAUGAGAGAAGAGAUAGAGGACCUGAGAAGGGAGUUUAGGGAGCGAGAGAAGAGAUGGAAAGAGGAGAGGGAAGAGACAAAUAAGCAGAAGGAGAAAAUGGAAGAAAGAAUAAGGAGAUUGGAGGAAAAAAUGGAAGGGAGGAAGGAGGAGAAGAAGGAGGAGGAAAGAAACGGUAGAGGGGAGGUGGGGGAGAAAAUGAGAGAACUGGAGAGAAGGCUGGAAAGGAAAGAAAAGGAGGAGAGAAGAAGAAACAUUGUAAUAAGAGGGCUGGAAGUAAAAGAAGGAGGGAAGAGAGAAAAUGCAGAAAAGUUACUAGAAGGAAUAGGAGCGAAAGUAAAGGCAAUAGAGGUGAAGAGAAUAGGAGGUGAUGCAGAAAAAGGAAGGGAAAUGGUGCUGUUGAAAUUGGAGAACGAAGAACAGAAAUGGGAGGUUAUGGAAAAAAAAGGAGCCUAG